GGCCCCGAGGAGGGAAACUGUGCAGCCAUGGCCGCUGCCGCUCGCGCCCGGGUAGCACACUUGCUGAGGCAACUGCAGCGCGCAGCAUGCCAGUGUCCAAGUCAUUCUCAUACUUAUUCCCAAGCUCCUGGAUUUUCACCUUCUGGGAAAACAACAGAUUAUGCCUUUGAGAUGGCUGUUUCAAAUAUUAGAUAUGGAGCAGGAGUUACAAAGGAAGUGGGCAUGGAUCUCCAAAACAUGGGUGCUACAAAUGUUUGUUUGAUGACAGACAAGAACCUCUCCCAACUCCCUCCUGUACAGACAGUCAUGGAUUCCCUAGUGAAGAAUGGCAUAAACUUCAAGGUUUAUGAUAACGUGAGGGUGGAACCCACCCAGAGAAGCUUCAUGGAAGCUAUUGAAUUUGCCAAAAAGGGAGCAUUUGAUGCCUACGUGGCCGUGGGGGGCGGCUCCACCAUGGACACCUGUAAAGCCGCUAAUCUGUAUGCGUCCAGCCCCCACUCUGAGUUCCUAGACUAUGUCAGUGCCCCCAUUGGGAAGGGGAAGCCAGUGACUGUGCCUCUGAAGCCUCUGAUUGCAGUCCCAACUACCUCAGGAACUGGGAGUGAAACUACCGGAGUUGCCGUUUUUGACUAUGAACACUUGAAAGUAAAAACUGGCAUUGCUUCGCGAGCCAUCAAACCCACCCUGGGCCUGAUCGAUCCUCUGCACACACGGCACAUGCCUGACAGGGUGGUGGCCAACAGCGGCUUCGAUGUGCUCUGCCACGCCCUGGAGUCCUACACGGCCCUCCCCUACCACAUGCGGAGCCCCUGCCCUUCCAGCCCCAUCGCUCGGCCAGCCUACCAGGGCAGCAACCCCAUCAGCGACAUCUGGGCAGUCCACGCGCUGAGGAUCGUUGCCAAGUAUCUGAAGAGGGCUGUCAGAAAUCCUGAUGAUGUUGAAGCAAGGUCUAAUAUGCACUUGGCAAGUGCUUUUGCUGGCAUUGGCUUUGGAAAUGCUGGUGUUCAUCUCUGCCAUGGAAUGUCUUACCCAAUUUCGGGCUUAGUGAAGACAUAUAGAGCAAAGGAUUAUAACGUGGAUCACCCACUGGUGCCUCAUGGCCUCUCUGUGGUACUCACCUCCCCAGCAGUAUUCACGUUCACGGCACAGAUGUCACCUGAGCGACACCUGGAGACAGCAGGAAUACUAGGAGCCGACACCCGCACAGCCAGGACCCCAGAUGCUGGGCCCAUUUUGGCAGACACUUUGCGAAAAUUCUUAUUUGAUCUGGAUGUGGACGAUGGCCUAGCUGCCCUUGGUUACUCCAAGGCCGACAUCCCCGCCUUAGUGAAAGGGACACUGCCCCAGGAAAGGGUCACCAAGCUUGCACCACGCCCUCAGUCAGAAGAGGAUCUGUCUGCCCUGUUUGAAGCGUCAAUGAAACUGUAUUAAUUUUCACUGAAAGAAUUACCUUUGGCCAAUUCUGUUCUGAAAACAGAAGUUGAUCUAGCAAGAGCUUUGUCUUUGCACCUCCACACAGAACUUCCCUGUUACCAGCUUGCAUGUGAUAUAAAUUUAUCCUGCAAAGAAUGAUAUAUAUGACUGAGUCACUUGGCUAUGCAGCAGAAAUUGGCACAACAUUGUAAUCAACUACACUUUAAUAAAAAAUUUUUAAUUACAAAAAAAAGAAUAUAAAUUUACACUGCAGAAGAUUCUCUGAUGCUCCCAGUCCCUCUGCUUCUAUAGAACAGGGGGGACAAGUACCCACUAUGCUGGACCCUCGGUCAGGCUCCAGGGAUCCAAUUUUCUGCCCCAGCCCUGCAGACUGCCCCUGCUUCAUGUAUCAAAAAGACAAAAACUCUGUAUCCACCCAAACUGUUAAUGCAUACAUCCUAUGCUCAGUAAUCAGUCCCACGUCUAGAAAUGUUUCCUAUAGAAAUACUAGCACAAGUGUGUAAAGAAAUAUGGCAAGGGCGUUUCUGGCAGCACAUUUUCUAAUAAUAAAAAAUGUGAAUGAA